AUGCAGGAGCUGAAGGCCACUGAGAAGAGAUUCCGGCUCAUCACAGGUAGGUCCAGCAUGCUUCUUCAUCUGAUGAAGAGUAUAAAGCUGGAGGUGGCCAGGAGUGAAUACCCAGCUGUUUGCAUUCCCAGAUGUGGUCCAGCAAGUCCAUUUAAAGGACACUUGAGUACUAAGAGUAAUGCUUUCUGCAUUGACUCCUCCCAAAGUCUGACUAGCCAGUACCUGAUCAGAGAUCACAUGAUGUUUCAUUAUAACAAAAUCCUUUCAGCCAAAGCAGCUGUAAACUGUUCUGUGCCCAAAAGUAGGUUGACCAGCAUCAAAUUUGCUGACCAGCGAAGGAGAGAGAAACUGAAAAAGAAGAUAGCCAGGUGUGAAGAGGAACUGAGCGCGGGUAAAACUGCCUCCCGAUCCAGCUCGAGAGAGAGUGGAAGGCUGCUGCCAUCCUCUUUAGGGAAAAAUUUCUUGGAAGCAGAAGACAAAGAUGGUCUCUUCCCCUGUGCUCGGCAGGCCCAGUACCUCUCGAGAGCGCUGUCUCCUUACGGCGAGCAUGGCUUGGUUCGCUCCAGACCACUACGAUGUGCCAGAAAAGAUUGUCGGAAUACAUCUAACUCGUCUAACUCAAGUGUCAGUACAUCAAGUACACCAAGAAAACGCUCUGGACUUUCAUGCAGUUGCUCCACUGAUAGCUAUGUGAGCAUUAGUCACUCCCAGAGGCAUCAAGGAAGCAACUCCAAAGUAGGCAGUGGGGAUCUUCUAGACAGGCAUUCUGAAUUCUUUACUGAUAGGCAAAAACCUUUUACUCCACGCACCUUAAUAUCAGAUGCUAAAUCUUUCCUGUCAGAGUACAGGUAUUAUACUCCUGCUCGAAGGAAAAGGAAAAAUCACUGCAAGCAGCAUGUGGAAGCUCAGACGCAGACUGAUGCAAUCAGCUUUCCACCUGCAAACAAAGCUUCUGAGAGAAAAGUUAUGACUGAACAGCAGAAGACCACACUGAAGGCUGAAGACAGAAGAUACUCUGUGGAUGAUCCUGAGAGAGGAAUAGUUGCUUUUCCAUACUCCUUCCUAAGAGAGACACCGUUGUAUUCUCAGCAUCCUUCAGCAAGGAGGACUAUCAAGGCUGACAGAGAAGAAGAGCUUUUAUAUUUAGCUUUCAUUGAAGAUGUAACAAAUGAUAUUCUUAGCCUUGGGCUAUUUUCUAACAGAGUUCUGGAACAACUGUUCGAGUGUCAUAUAGAAGAAAAUAAGAACCGUUUGGAUGAGAGCAAAAUGCGCUGCUUGUUGGACGUACUGAGAGCAGACCUCGGCUGCAGCCCAGGCAGCGGCGUGCAGCAGAGCCACGCAGGCUGCGAAGCCCUUGACCCGCUGGAUCCGCAAGAGUUCGGUACGAUGGAAGAACUCGAGUUUACCAGUAGAAGUCAGAGGCAAAGAAAAGUUGCAAAAAGUGAAGAAUUCUUUGGGACCAUGGAACUGUGGUUAAAGGAACCAAACAAAUGUGAAUCGCCAGUAUGCAGGGAAAGUUCAAAGGAGAGACAGAGCAAGGACGACUUUUCAGAAGAUGUCACUAAAAUGAGGGAUGCUGGUACAGAGUCUCGCUCUUGUGUGAUAUCUGAAGAAGACCCAGACACUUCACCCUCACAUGAGGCAACUUUGAACUUGAUUGCUUGUGACAGUGAUUUGGAAGCCAACAGGGAACUUGAUGAUCUUGAGGAAACCUUUGCAGAGGCCCUUCAGAUCUCGCAUGACUAUUCAUAA